AAAAAACUCAAACGAAGACCAGAAAAGAACCAAGAGUGAUGAAGAAAAGGAUGAUAUUGAAGAUGGAAAAUUGAGGUUGAGAUGAACGUUGGAGUAACACAGCAAUGACAUUGAGAUUGAGACUCAAAGUGUCUUCAAUUGGGUCACCUUUUCUGCAGUUAGGUUCUUCUGCAACUCGCUUCUCACUCUCACAAGCAUGCUCUGUUUCCAAACUGGCUUUUCAUCCUCUACGCUUGCAACGCAACACAAAUUCAUCCCCAACAAGGCUCCUUGUUCGGGCUGCAAGAAUUGAGUCCAAAGGUGUUACCUUGGGCUUCAGGGCCCCACAAUUUCAGCUUCCGGAGCCACUUACUGGAAAGCUUUGGACAUUGGAAGAUUUUGAAUCAUAUCCAGCUUUACUGGUUAUGUUUAUAUGCAACCACUGUCCAUUCGUUAAGCACCUUCAAAAAGACAUUGUAAAGCUUACAAAGUUCUAUAUGAAGAAAGGACUUGCUGUCAUUGCUAUAUCUUCAAAUUCUGUAGCCACGCACCCCCAGGAUGGUCCAGAAUUCAUGGCAGAAGAUGCUAAAUUGUUUGACUAUCCUUUCCCAUACCUAUAUGAUGAGUCACAGAAUGUUGCGCGGGAUUUUGGAGCUGUUUGUACUCCAGAGUUUUACCUUUUCAAAAAGGAUGGUCGAAGGCCAUUUGAGCUUGUUUAUCAUGGUCAGUUUGAUGAUUCACGGCCAAGAAAUAAUGUACCAGUCACUGGAAGAGACUUGAGCUUGGCAAUAGAUCGUGUUCUUAGUGGCCAAGAGGUACCAUCAGAGCAAAAAGCUAGUGUUGGAUGCAGCAUAAAGUGGCACCCAAGGAAGGAGUUUUGAUCGAUAAGCUGUAAUUAUCUUGUUCAAAAUAUGUUAAUCAACGAGUUAAUGUUUCUUUUUCAGGUUUUCUAUGUUUAGGUUAAUGUCACUAGCCAUGUUAGAAUCUUACACCUGUUUAUAAUUUUCUUUCCAUUCAAUGUUCCUGUUUACCUAGAAUUUCGUAAGUGUGACUUGCAAGGAAGUGUUGUUAUUUGUGUUUCUUAUAGUUGCUGGCAUGUCACUAAGUUUGCAUCCCACAUGUGACAUUUCUGUUUAGUGAAAUCUCAAUCUUGAAUUAAAA